AUUAUACAUAAAGUGACAUAUUACAAUCUGAUUAAUUUUGUAAAUACCACAUGUUUAGGGUUUCAGGUGUCUUACUAUAGCAGUGCAAAGAGACUGAGUCAGAGAGGGCUCGAAGACGCCAUGGCGAGAAUCAAGGUUCAUGAGUUGAGAGAUAAAUCAAAAUCGGAUCUUUCUACUCAAUUGAAAGAAUUGAAGGCAGAGCUUGCUUCCCUACGUGUCGCUAAGGUCACUGGUGGUGCUCCUAACAAGCUCUCUAAGAUCAAAGUGGUGAGGAAGUCGAUUGCGCAAGUGUUGACUGUGAGCUCACAGAAACAAAAGUCUGCUCUUAGAGAAGCAUACAAAAACAAGAAGUUGUUGCCACUCGAUCUCCGUCCCAAGAAGACUAGAGCCAUCAGAAGGAGACUCACUAAACACCAGGUAUUUUGAAUUCAGUGACAUGCUUUGUUUUGGUCCAUACUUCAUGACUUUUUCUCUGCAUUGGAUAGGCGUCGCUGAAGACAGAACGAGAGAAGAAGAAAGACAUGUACUUUCCAAUUAGAAAGUAUGCCAUCAAAGUUUAAUUAUCUUUCUACUGUCAGAGAGUCCUCCCUCAGUCUUCUCUAAUAUAUCUGAAUUUUCUUUCAAUUAAAGAUUUGAUUCUUCAAACAUGAUUGUAUGAUCUCUCACGCACGUUCUUUGUUAUAAAUUUGAGAUUUACCCUAUUUGACUUUCGAGAACUAGCUCGUGGGCUGAUCUAUUUGGUCUCGGCAAUAAAAUCUGCAAAAACGUAAGAUUCUGCGAACAAAA